GCGGGGCGGGACGGUGGAAGCAUGCAGGAGGAGGCAUGGGGAGCUGAAAGCCCCGCUUGUUCUUCUUGGGGAGCGAACCGGCGGGAGCGCCCAGGGCAUGCGGUGGUGGCGGAAGAAGCGGAGGGGCAGGAGAUGGUACAGAUCCACCACAGAGAUCCGGAAGGAGAAGUCGCGGGACGCAGCACGAUGCCGCCGCAGCAAAGAGACGGAAGUGUUCUAUCAGCUGGCCCACACGUUGCCUUUUGCCCGGGGGGUCAGCGCCCACCUGGACAAGGCCUCCAUCAUGCGCCUGACCAUCAGCUACCUGCGGAUGCACAAGCUGCUGACCUCCGGAGACUGGAAGAACGAAGUGGAAGCGGAGGAGCAGGUGGACGCCUAUUACCUGAAGGCCCUGGACGGCUUCCUCAUGGUCCUGACGGAGGAGGGUGACAUGAUCUACCUCUCCGAGAACGUCAACAAACACCUGGGCCUGAGUCAGCUGGAGCUCAUCGGCCACAGCGUCUUUGACUUCAUUCAUCCUUGUGACCAGGAAGAGUUGCAAGAUGUACUGAGCCCUAGGCAGGGUUUCUCUAAGAAGAAGGAAGUGAAGACAGAGCGCAGCUUCUCCCUGCGCAUGAAGAGCACCCUGACCACCAGGGGGCGCACUGUGAACCUCAAAUCAGCCACCUGGAAAGUCCUGCACUGUGCCGGCCACAUGAGGUCCUACGCGCCUGCCAAGCCAGCGGGAGACAAGGAGCCGGAGGGGGGCUUCACCGAGCCCCCGUUGCGUUGCCUGGUGCUGAUCUGCGAGGCCAUUCCCCACCCAGCCAACAUUGAGACGCCCCUGGACAGCGGCACCUUCCUCAGCCGCCACACCAUGGACAUGAAGUUCACCUACUGUGACGAGAGGAUUGCCGAGGUGGCUGGGUACACUCCCAAGGACCUGCUGGGCUGUUCCAUGUACGAGUACAUCCAUGCUCUGGACUCUGACUCUGUCAGCAAGAGCAUCAACACCCUGCUAAGCAAAGGGCAGGCCGUGACUGGACAGUACCGUUUCCUGGCCAGGAACGGAGGCUACCUGUGGACUCAGACCCAAGCCACCGUCAUCUCCAGCAGCAAGAACUCCCAGCCUGAGAGCAUCGUCUGCGUUCACUUCAUCCUGAGCCAGGUGGAGGAGGCGGGCUUGGUGCUCUCCCUGGAGCAGACCGAACGGCAAGGGGAACACCGCCGCCUGCCCCCGCCGUCUCUCGAAGGACUGGACUCGGACGGGAGCUUGGAGGAGCUGGACGCCAACGGUGGCGACACCAUCAUCAACCUCAGCUUCGAGCUGCGCGGCCCCAAAGUCCUGGCCUUCCUGUGCCCUGCCAACAUCAGCGAGGAAGAACUGCAGAUGGACCCCAAACGUUUCUGCAGCCCCGACCUCCAGAAGCUCCUGGGCCCCAUCUUCGACCCUCCCGGAGCACAGAGCCCUCCCGGAGGGACACCGCGGGUGCGGCCCCCUGCAGCGCCCCCCAAACCCGCCGUGGCUGUCAAGAACGCUUCUGGAAACAGCAGCCCGGUCAGGAAACUGUUGGGCGAGACAGCAGGGGCUGACCUGCCGGAUGAGCUCCUUCUCGACAUGGAGAACGUCCAGAAACUCUUUGCUGCCAACAAGGAGACCCAGUCGAUGGAGACAGCACUGCAGGACUACGAAGGCCUGGACUUAGAGAUGCUUGCUCCCUACAUUUCGAUGGACGAUGACUUUCAGCUGAGCAGCACCGACCACCCGCCGUGGCUGGCUGAGAAGCGGAGGGACUCGGGAACCCGGCCCACUUCGCCACCUCCGCGGCCUCGUUCCAGAAGCUUCCAUGGGGUAUCUCCCCGCCCACCCGAAUCGGCCACCCUUCCUCGCUGGGGCAGCGACGUCAGCCUGAGUCCGUCCCGUCCCGCCCAGCCGCCAGGAAGCGACCAAUGCGAUGCUGGGCAGGUGGUGGAAAUGGUGGCAUCCGUCAAGAUUCAGGGGCUGGAGGAAGGGACCAAUCCAAACGUCCCAGUGGGCGCUUUACCAUUGGGCGGCAGGAAGAGAGCGCGGGAGCUGAGCGUGGAAGAAGAGGGGGACAUCUUCCUCGAGGCGGGCCCCCCCAAGCGUGCUCAUGGCCAUGAGCCUGAUGGGUUCCUGAUGCCGUCCCUUAGCCUGGGUUUCCUGUUGAGCGUCGAGGAGUGUCUGGAUGCCAGAUCUGAGCGUGGCUUUGGGAGCAACAUGGUUUUGGGCAGGAAGCUGCUGUCCCUGGAAGAGCCAAUGAACCUGUUGGGGGACAUGCUGCCUUUCGUAGUGGAUGGACCAGCACUCUCUCAGCUGGCCCUGUAUGACGGCGAGGACGAGGCGUCUGUGCGCAGUGGAGAGCACUUCCAGCUCGGGGAGGAGCUCCUCGUCGAGUUGGACCAGGCCACCUGAGGAGGGAGCCAUGCCGCAGCCGCACCUUCAUCCCGCACUCCUGCUUCGCAGAUGGGACAAACGGAACCAAAUCCAACCCCAGAUCAUCCAUGAGAGGCAGAGUUGGAGGGGCUCCUUUCUUCCUCCUCCUCCUUCUCCCCCUCGUCCUGCGCCUCCUCUAAGCCUUUUCCCCCAGCCCCUCCCCCCCACAACCUCUGCCAGGGUCCUUAGAACUCUUCCUACCUCAGUCCUGUCCCCCUCAUCGGGCAGCCUGUCUCCUCCGGAGAUGGCGAGGGAGGAGGGCCUAGCAGAACUUAGGAACCUGCACCUCUAGGGACAAUCUCUCACCCUACCCCGAUUACGUAUCCUUUUAAUAUUCCUGAGACUAGAAACCGGGUAGAGGGGUUAUGUCAGCGCACCCAGGUCCUGCCUAACGUACGGGGUACUCGGUGCCGUUCAAUUCCCAAAGGAGGAGGCAGAACCACAAUGCGAUAUACGAGUCAGUCCGGCCAGGGAUGGUCGGGAUACCAAGCUUACAUCUGCUUCCUUUGAGAUAAGGAGCACAGAGUGCGUUACGCACUUCCCUUUCCCCUGUCCUCAGCUUUGUGCCAACCCCAAAGCUGUCGCCUGUGAACGUAAGUGGGGCAAUUUCCUUGUCCAUGUCCCCAGCUUCUCGCACGAAUCCACCCAUUCCUGAAGUAACUGGGACCACCCGAUCUUGGGAUGGGGAAAAAGGGGGACUCGUUCUGAUAUCACACAACUCUUUGGGAGGAGGGUUAAUGUCAGCUCUGCGCCUCUCAGGAGACUCCCGUCCUCUAUUUCCCAGAAUCCUUCAGGUGCCUCUUCGGCGAUAGUGCCCUACUCAUUUACCUCAGCGAGCCUCUCGCCCUUACCAAAGGGAUACAGAGGGCGUCAACUGCGCCUCAGUUCAUGAGACACAUUUUUUGGUCACGGUCCAUUUUUGUUGUUGCGACCCUAUAUUCCAUUUCUUUUUUCCUGAAGUGGCCAAAAAUGUAAUAGAUUUGAAUUCUUUUCCACAGCAAGGUAGAGGCAAUCAUGGUGCUUUUGGCCGCAUUUUUGACCCUGUUUAAGCUCUGUUUACACUUGCAGGAGCCGAAACACUUCUGGGGGUCAAGGCCACGCGUUAAUGAAACUGAAUGUAUUGUGUAAAGAUCAGGGGAGCCUGUCUAACUUUUAAAAAUACCUGUUUAAAAACAGGAUUUUAGAUCUCCGCUCCUCGUAUUAUCGGAAUAUUUCUAGCUUUUUUUGAGGAAGCUCCCCCCUGCCUUUUUCAUCACCUGGGGGUAAUUUUGUGGCUCAUUGAAUCCUAAAAAUUGUAAUAAAGAAUCACAAAGUUUUUAUUAGGAAAAAGGCAAAACAAACAAAAAAAAUUUGGUUUUUAGCAUCAUGUAAGCCACAAAGGAGCUGGACAAACAAAUGGGGAUGAAAGAGUUGGGAACCAGAAGGCAAAUUUUAAGGAACCCAAAUGUUAUGUAUAGAAUCAGAAGCUUUUAAAGACAAUCUUUUAAAAAAACCAGAAUCUAUUAAAACAAACUCCUGAAUUUUACAGGAGACAUAGACUCGCUGGGAUUGGCCCCCCAGUGACAUAUAUGCAGUUCCAACCUAAAAAUGGGUUUGUAUGAAAAAAAAUAAGCUAUUUUUUGUUUUGGCUGGGAUGUGAUUUUGUUUAAAGUUUCAUUCUAGUUUUCCUGUUUUAACCAGGGGUUCUGGGGAGGGAGGGGGGAAUGAAAUUUCAAAGGGAAAGCCUCUGUCUUUCUCAUGUUCUUGUGCCCCAAACCUGAACAUGCUUUCUUUGAAGCCUGCUCCAUUAAAUUGAAUGGAACUGACUCCAAUGUACAAACCCAUGUACGGGUUUGAGGUGCCCGUAUCCUAACUCUUUUCCAGCCUGCUUGUAUGCAUAUUUACUCACAAGUGAGCCCUACCACGUCCACUGGGGUUUACUUCCAGGCCAGUGUGCAUAGGAUUACAGUCUUAUCUGAGAGAUUUGAAAACAGCACGGAAAGGUGAUCCAUUUUCGGCCGCCGUGCAAAAUCGAUCGGAAUUGCCCCGAUACGACUGAGCCAUCCGUAUCCUUAAUGCAUUUUGCUCUCCAGAAAACCGGCUUACCUUUCCAUUCUGUCCAGAGAGGAAGAGUUUUGUAUAACUCAAACCCUUGCAUACACCUGCACCAGCAGUUGCUGGCGAAAAAAUUAAAUUGCCUUACCUCUUCUAUGUCUUUCUAUAUAAACGAACCGUGAUAGUAUUAGUCAGUGUUCCUCGUAGGGUUGCCCCGAAUUUUAUGCAGGACAGACCUCCUCCAGCUUUAACUGUUAAAACAGAAGAGAGAAUCUUGGUAGGCACAGUUUUCACCCUCCAUAAUAUUACGGUGGUGGGGAAAGUGGUACGUGCAGAAAUCCUCCCUUCCGUACAGCUGUUAAAGUCAAAGGAACCCUUUUGGCCCCUACAGGGAUGUUGGUGACCCCCCCAGUUAUCUACCCAUUUAGUGGCAAAAAUUCCCCAUUAGUCUCAGUUUAAAACCGAGUCUCGUUUUUAAAAUCUCAAUUGUUUAUCCCUUGCCAUUUUUACUUAAGCUUUUUAAAAAAAAAAUACUGGAUUUUAUAUCUCCCGAUCCAGGCUUAAUUAGCAUAACUCACCACUCCCCCUUCCUCUAGGCCAGUGCCCUUGGAUUAAACUUCAGUAAGAAAA